AAAAAAUUGAACACUCUUUUUUCCAACUAAAUAUAUAUAUACCCAUUUUAUUAUGUGGACAUAGUCGCCGGAGCUGUUCCUUGUCCGAUCUGUAAACCCCGCCAUUCACCACUCUCCUCCACCGUCGGCAAGAAUUCAAUCUUUUACUUGCUGCGAAGCAUGGGGACAGAUGACAAGCAACGGCGUCUAAUCAAUUUACAUGAAAACAGCAGAGGCUUUUAUCUGCAAAAGUUCCGGCUUUAUGAGACUCGCUCGAACUUCUACAUGGUUGGAUGGGAUAAGACCAGAACUUUUUGGAAAGUAUUAAAGAUUGACAGAUUAGAACCUUCGGAACUAAUCAUUCAUGAAGAUCCUACGUCAUAUUCAGAAAUUGAAUGCUUAGACCUCCUAAAAAGAAUACAUGAAGGAAACGCGUCUACUGGAGGGCUUAAAUUCGUUUCUCGCUGCUACGGAAUUAUUGGUUUUAUAAAGUUUUUGGGACCUUAUUACUUCCUGGUUAUCACGGAAAGAAGGAAGAUUGGAAAGAUAUGUGGUCAUGCUGUUUAUGCUAUCACUAAGAGCGAGAUGUUCCCAAUUCCGCACUCUACUGUGCUUUCCAAUAUGGCUUAUUCUAAGGAUGAGAACAGGUCUUUAGUCAAUUCUGCAUGUAAAUGUAAAAUGUCCGUAGUAUUUUUAGGAAGGCAUUAUGAUGGAACAAAGACACUUCUGAUUUCUUUGUAUCUUUAUAUAACUGUUAUCGAUGUUUUUUUUAUUUUUAAUAUUCUUCUGUUUGGUGACUAUUGAACUUUGCAUUCUGUAAGAAGUCCUAUGUUAUUGAGUUAAUUGCUAUACUAUUUUAGCAAUACACCUUGUAACGCAUUCACUGCCCAACGGAUUUCAUGUUGACCGAGUCAUUCAGAUGCUCGCAGAAAGAGUAUACUGAGAAAUUCUAUAGUUGAGCAUUUUAUAGCUAAGUCAUUCAUAGAGCCCAUUGCCAGUUUUUUUCCUACAAAACUACAGGGGCAAAUUUUUACAUGUUGAAUGAGACAAGAUAUCAAAAGCUCCUGCACAUGGUGGACCUCACAAAGGACUUCUUUUUCAGCUACUCCUAUCCUAUUAUGAUUAGUUUUCAAAAGAAUCUGAGCAACUCAGAGACAGGACUCACCCUUUAUGAGACAAUGUUUGUAUGGAAUGAAUUCUUAACUCGCAGAAUCCACAAUCAGCUCCAAAAUACUCUCUGGACUGUUGCGUUAGUCUAUGGGUUCUUUAAACAGGUUACACUUACUAUUUCUGCACAGGACUUCAUCUUAACCCUAAUUGCUAGACGUUCUCGUCAUUAUGCUGGUACCAGAUAUUUAAAAAGAGGAGUAAAUGAGAAGGGUCAUGUAGCAAAUGACGUCGAGACAGAACAGAUUGUGUUUGAAAAUGUACGUGAAGGGUCCCCUGUUGGAGUAAGCGCUGUUGUACAGAACCGUGGUUCAAUACCUCUUUUCUGGUCUCAGGAAACGUCACGUUUGAAUAUAAAACCUGACAUCAUAUUGUCUAGGAAGGACCUCAAGUUUGAAGCCACCAAACUUCACUUUGAAGAUCUUGUUCAAAGAUAUGGAAAUCCAGUUAUUAUAUUAAAUUUAAUUAAGACUCGUGAGAAGAGGCCCAGAGAAACGAUUCUUCGUGCAGAAUUCGCUAAUGCUAUUGACUUCAUAAAUAAAGAUCUUCCUGAGGACAACCGGUUGAGGUUUCUUCACUGGGAUCUAAACAAACACCCAAGAAUCAAAGCUACAAAGGCCUUGAUACGUCUAGGUGAGGUGGCCGUUAAUGCUUUGGAGUUAACAGGCCUUUUCCAUUGUCAGCUAAUCCCUACAUCAAGAAGUGGGGAAUUGCUAAAGCUGUCAUCCAUCGGCUGCGACAGUAGUGGAGACCAUGUUGAGAAGGACCUCUAUGAAAUGGAUGUUGAAGUGGACAAUGGGAGUAAUGAUCUGCGUGGAGCUUACUAUGUCAAACUUUCAACAGUCCAAAAGGGAGUCUUAAGAACGAAUUGUAUAGACUGUUUGGAUCGCACAAAUGUUGGCCAGUAUGCGUAUGGGCUGGUCGCACUGACCCAUCAGCUGCAUGCCUUAGGCUUUAUAGAUGUGGAGAACAUUGAUUCGCAUUCUCCUAUAGCACAUGACCUAAUGAGGAUCUACGAAGAAAUGGGAGACACUCUUGCACUACAAUAUGGUGGCUCUGCUGCACAUAACAAGAUUUUUUCAGAAAUACGAGGCCAAUGGAAAGCAACAACGAGGUCUCAAGAGUUCUUCCGAUCGCUUCAGCGCUACUACAGCAAUGCCUACAUGGACCCUGAGAAACAAGAUUCCAUUAACGUGUUCUUGGGCCAUUUCCAGCCACAAGACGGAAAGCCAUCUCUGUGGGAACUGAAUCCAGAACAGCACUAUGAUGUUAGGAUGCACGGAUCAAGUCUAACCGCUGAAAGUUCUAGGUCAUUUAUUAAAAGGUCGCUAUCAGAAGGAAACAUAAGCUGUGGAAGCAGCUCUUAUGGUAAAGACACCGACAUAGAUCAGACUGAAGACACUCACCAGCCUUUGACUGUCUGUGCCAAAGGUGGUUGUAAGGGUAUUUCAGAGUCCACACCAGAAAUAUCUACAUGUGACACUGAUAUUUCGUUUACCAGGUACACCCCCUCAAUGUCUGGUGGACAGUGUUUCCAUGAUAUGCAGUUAGAGCAGUGUCUCGGAAGUGGUAGCGUUAAAUUUCAUGAGUGUGCAGAUUUGUUUGAUACCUCAAAUUUUCUUGAUGUUGAUUGGCUUUCUUCAUCGGGAAAUUCAUGUGAAGAAGAAAUAUAUGAGAGAUCUUCAAUCAUAAGUUCUCCAUCUCGGGGCCUGUCAGCAGAUAGUGUGUCAAAUGAACUUAAAGCAGAAACAAACUUCUCAGCUUAUGAUUCUGGGGCAAGCUUGAAGACGGAGCAGACUACUGAAGAUAUCAAUUUUGAUGCCAAACAAAGUAGGGAAACCCACCGGCAAUUCUCUGAGAAAUUUGUGCAUUGGGUUAACGAUGGACAUAUGCUUUUCCCUUGAAGUUCGGUUCAGGUUCUUUAAGUUAUACUAUUUUGGACAGUUACAUUCAACAGACCCGUCCAAAGGAUGUGGAUUACAUACAGGAAAUAGACGACAGGUGACCAAAAAUAUUACAUAAGAAAGAUUAGCCUACAGAAGUUUUUGAGGUUGUAAAAGUCCAGAACCUUAGAAAAUGAUAUUUUGGAAAUAUAUAUUGACCAUAGAAACGGAAAAUUGUUUUGGUUGGUUUUUAGUCAUCUUUUCCCAGAAGGAUAGCUUAUAAAGGUUUCGGUAUGUACAUUAUGUACUGUAAGAAGUGGGAUCUUCAUUAUUCGGUUUCAGAGGCAAGACGUUUUUCGCUA